AUGUCGCUCGAAGGCGAGACGCAGGGGAGCGAUAAGUGGCUCGCCCUCCGGUCCUCGCGGCUCACCGCGUCCGCGUUCAGCAACGCGUGCGGGUUCUGGCGGGGCGGUCGGAACGAGCUGUGGGAGGAGAAGCUCGGGCUGGCGGAGCCCUUCGCGGGCAACGAAGCCACCGAGUGGGGCAGCGGCAAGGAGGACGAAGCCGUGGCGGCGUACAAAAAUCUCACCGGAGCCGACGUGUCGCACAUGCUGUUCAGGGUGCUCUCGCCGGAUGAGGCCGAGCUGUGGCUGGGGGCAUCGCCCGACGGGCUCAUCGCCGCGCCGGGCGCCGCGGACGUGGACCCCGCCACCGGCGUCCCGCCCGGAGUGCUGGAGAUCAAGUGCCCGUGGAACAAGGGCGACCCGGUGGGGGCCAAGCCGUACCCUCGCGCGCCGUGGUACUACGUCCCGCAGGUGCAGGGGCUGAUGGCGGUGUUCGACAGGCAGUGGUGCGACCUGUUCUGCUACACCGUGGAGCACGGCAGCGCGAUAUACAGGGUGGAGAGGGAUCCAGAGUACUGGGCCAUGAUGUACCGCGCGCUUAGCGAUUUUUGGUGGCAGCACGUGGUGCCCGGCAAACACGCCAUAGCCGCGGGGGAGGAUCCCGAACGGUUCAGGCCGAGCGAGACGCACGCGCUGACGGACGAGCUGAAGAGGCGGAGCAGGGAGAUCAGUAACGCGGCGCAGAUGAGGCGGUACACGGCGCGGGACACCAGGGGAUCGGGGUAG